AUGGGAUUGAUUACCCAGCAACAGCUAGUAAAGCUGCAAUCUCAGCAAGGCAAUAUUCGCAAUAUAUGCAUUCUUGCACACGUAGAUCAUGGCAAAACGACGCUCAGUGACGGAUUGCUGGCGUCUAAUGGGAUCAUCAGUGCCAAAUUAUCGGGCAAAGUACGCUAUCUAGAUUCUCGAGAAGAUGAACAGGAACGAGGCAUCACUAUGAAAUCAUCAGGGAUUUCACUCUUCUUUCGACACCUUCGUUCUGUGAUAUCACCAGCUACUUCUGAAGCAGGAUUGUCCGGGGCUGACGAUUACUUGAUCAAUCUAAUCGAUUCACCGGGCCAUGUGGACUUUGCUAGUGAGGUCUCUACAGCGUCGCGUCUAUGUGAUGGCGCUCUAGUCCUUGUUGAUGCUGUCGAAGGUGUACUGACACAAACACAUACAGUGUUACGACAAGCAUGGCUAGAGAACGUCAAGCCUAUACUGGUGAUCAACAAGAUUGAUCGUCUAAUAACAGAAUUAAAGCUCACUCCGUCAGAAGCUUACAUCGCUAUGUCAAAGCUCUUGGAACAAGCCAAUGCCAUUAUGGCUACCUUUUAUGCUGAAGAUUUAAUAGCAGAUGAUGCUCGAGAUUAUGAAGAAAAGCAAAAGCAACCUGAAACAACCAGUGAAGAAGACUGGUUUUUAGAAGAUCGGGAUGACUCGCACCUGUAUUUUGCCCCUGAAAAAGGAAAUGUAAUCUUUUCUUCUGCUAUCGAUGGAUGGGCAUUCCGAGUAGACCAGUUUGCUAGCAUCUAUGCUGCCAAACUAGGUGUCAAGGAAACUACGCUGAAUAAAGUACUUUGGGGUGAUUUCUAUCUCGAUCCUAAAACGAAACGAGUAGUAGGGCCAAAAGGUCUUAAAGGCCGAUCCUUAAAACCCAUGUUUGUUCAAUUUAUAUUGGAUAAUCUGUGGGCUGUGUAUGAUGCCGUCCUCUCUUCAAGUAGUGACCGAGAACGAGUAGAAAAAAUCGUCAGGACUUUGAAUCUCAAAAUUUUAGCUCGAGAUAUGAAGUCAAAGGACAGCAAAUACCUUCUGCAGACGAUUUUAGGUCAGUGGCUUCCACUGUCCACCAGCAUAUUACUAGCUGUAGUCGAACUAUUGCCAUCACCAAUCCAGGCUCAAGCUCUACGUAUACCCAAAAUUUUAUAUCCAAAAACCACACCGCCGACUGUGGAAUCUCUACCGCCCAUUCGUCAAAAGAUAGAGCGUGCACUGUACGCGUGUGACGCAAAUAAUGAAGCACCAGUUAUUGCAUAUGUCAGUAAAAUGUUUAGUGUGCCGACCAACAUGUUACCCACCCAUCGUCGUGUUCAGCUCACAGCUGAAGAGAUGCGAGAAAGACGCCGUGAGGCACUGCUACGUCGUGAAGCUGCUGCCGUGAGUCCUACUCCAACAAUCGAAGAUGACGGACCUGCCGUACUGGUAAUAAACGAAAACAAUACCGAUCAGUCAGAGCAUCCCACUGCAGAAGAAUCAGUAGACGUAGAUCCCAAUGCUGAAGUGUUAAUAGGCUUUGCGCGUGUCUAUUCCGGGACCAUACGAAUAGGACAGAAAUUGCAUGUGCUAGGCCCAAAAUAUGAUCCAAGGUAUCCAAAUCAGCAUAAAUCCGAGAUAACAGUAAGUAAACUGUAUUUGAUGAUGGGCCGAGAUCUGCAAGACUUGAAAGAAGUACCGGCGGGCAACGUCUUCGGAAUUGGUGGACUAGAUGGACAUUUGCUAAAGACUGGUACGCUGGCAAGUGAAAGCGAGACUCCUAGUUUUGGAGGGCUGACUAUGGAGCACGCUACGAUUCUCCGGGUGGCUUUAGAACCAGCAGAUCCAACCGAGAUGCCCAAACUAGUGGAAGGGCUUAAGCUACUCAACCAAGCUGAUCCAUGUGUUGAAGUCUAUCUCCAAGAGACUGGAGAACAUGUCAUAGUCACUGCUGGUGAAUUACAUCUCGAACGAUGUCUCAAGGAUCUGCGAGAACGAUUUGCCAGGAUACAAAUACAAGCAUCACCACCUCUAGUACCUUAUCGAGAGACCAUAUCUAAAUCAAGUGCUCUGACACUGCCAGAAAUAGUGUCCUCCGAUGCACCAGCAGAUACCAACAGCAAUGUGCCUAUUGCUGAAAGGCUGCCGCCAGGAACAGUCAUAGUAAACACACCGAACAAGCUGGCAUCCAUAAGAAUUAGAGCUCUGCCAAUGCCAGAAAGACUUACACGCUUUCUAUUAAAUGAGUCAGAAACCUUACGCAAAGCUUCUGACGAUGUCGACUCUGAUCAACUAGGAUUGGUCUUUCUGGAUCGUAUUAAAAACGAGAUUGAAACGGCUAUUAGAGAAGACCAAGAUGUAGUUGGAGGCGCAGAAUUUUGGAGAAGUGCGGUAGAUAAGUUAUGGGCUUUAGGACCUCGACGUGUCGGACCAAACAUGUUGAUUAACGCCAUUCCUGGGUAUCAUAGAAGGCCGUGGUUGCAAGCCUUUCGAACAUCGCGAACACGACAGAUCGUAUCCUUGCCACAACAGACACCAGAAGCUAUGGCGUCUCCAUUAGACGAGACUGCUGUGGAAAACUUGGCACAGUCUAUAACAUCAUUGUCAACCUCUGAUGAACCAACAUCUCUAUACCCCACUGUCAAAGACGUCGAUGGUAGCAUACACUCAGGGUUCCAGUUGUCAACUCUAGUAGGUCCAUUAUGUGGUGAACCUGUAGUUGGAGUAGCAUGGGUCAUUGAAGAAUGUCGAAUCGAGAAACCAGAAUCAGAAGAUGGAAUGGCAAACCUGCUCGCUUCUCUAUCGGGACAGAUCAUAUCAACGAUGAAGGAAGGAUGUAGACAAGCAUUCUUGCAAUGGUCACCUAGACUCAUGCUCGCCAUGUACUCCUGUGACUUACAGGCACCAUCUGAGGUUCUUGGCAAAGUAUAUGCUGUCCUGGCAAGACGUCGUGGUCGUAUCCUGUCUGAAGAAAUGAAGGAGGGUACUCCAUUCUUCAAUAUCAAAGCUAUGAUGCCGGUUCUGGAAAGUUUUGGAUUCUCAGACGAACUACGAAAAAGAACUUCUGGUGCUGCGAUACCUCAACUUAUAUUCAGUGGAUUCGAAGUAUUGGAUCAAGAUCCCUUUUGGGUGCCCAAUACUGAAGAGGAAUUGGAGGAUUUAGGAGAGAAGGCUGAUCGAGACAAUCUGGCUCGAAAGUAUGUCGAUGCGGUUAGAAAGCGCAAGGGAAUGUUUGUCGAAAAGAAGAUUGUAGAGCAUGCAGAGAAGCAACGAACAUUGAAAAAGGACUAA